AUGGCUGCUGCUUCUUCCCUCUCCCGUCCAGUUCCAGCAACGCCGGCCGCGCUCCGGCACGGGGCGGCGUGCCACGGACCGGCUCUACCGAGGAGGGCGCCCCCGGCGGCGACAACACGAUGCGCCGCGCUACGCCGGGACGCGAGCGGCGGCCGGGGCCAGUACGGGGGCGCGCUGGUGGACGAGGGCAUGUCCGUGCUGCGGCGGCGGAUCCGGGAGGCGCGGAUGGCGGAGACCAACUACGAGGCGCCCGCCGAGUGGGCGCCGUGGGAGAAGCGGUACUACCCGGCCUACGUCUCCGACGUGUCCAGCCUCGUCGGCGCGCUGCAGCUGCUGCUCAUGGGCACCAGGCCCGGCGUGGCCAUCGCCGUCGCGGCCCUGGUGCUCGCCAGCGUGCCCGUGUCCGCCGUCGCCGCGCUACACCAUCUGGCGCUGGUGGCCGAGGCCGUCCUGCAGUCCGUGCAUCACAUUUCUUGA